AUGUCGCAUUGUAAGAAAAAACCAUGUCGUAUCAAACAAAAAACCAAGCACUUUCAACGACUUGAUAAAGAAUCAGCUGAAGUUGGCGAAAGAUUUCAGACGAAUCCAACAUUGACGCACGUUAAUGAUGAGGAUGAUGACGAGAAGACGAACGAAUUUGAAGAGGAAGAAGAAGAAGAAGGAGGGGAUUCAACACCAUUUUGGUCGCCGGAUGUUUAUCCUGUUCGAUUGACUAUGUGGGAUUUAAAUCAUUGUGAUCCGAAAAGAUGUACAGGAAGAAAAUUAAUGCGUUUGGGGUAUGUUAAACCGUUAAAACUUGGUCAACAUUAUGGUGGACUAAUUUUAUCGCCGAUUGGCGAAAAAUGUGUGUCACCAUCUGAUCAUGAUUUAGUAUUAUCUCAU